ACGUCAUUGGUAGUUCCGAAAUUGGGCGGGGCCAGAUCGUCCGCUUGACUUAGUGUUUUAACUUAACAACAAAAACUUGAUCUGUCAACCGUGUUUUGAAACGCUUCAGGAUGCACGACAGGGAUAGAAGUGUGUGUCACUGUGAGGCACUAGCGGCCUGGGUCCAGAUGUAAUGGCCACACUUAAGACAGGGUGGCUUCUGUCCAUCUUGCUGGUUAACCUGCCAAAUUGUGUUGUUCCAGCAGUUUCUCCGGGUCUUCCUGCUACUCCCUCUCCCCCUGAGUGCUAUAUCCCAUGUGAUGAGAAAAGCUGCUUUGUAGAUAUCCAUUGCACAUUGGAUCCAAGGGAGGAACCUCAGAUCCCCACUAACUACAGCCUGCACUGGGCACCAGGAAACAACAGUGUUGUCUUGUCUACCAGGGGAUUGCAUGUGACCCGUUUGACUGGGCUUAUCGAUCGUGAGCGCUUUAACCACCAUGGUGGACUUCGCGUUUGGGUCCAGGCAAUGAACCGGCAUGGUUUAGCCAAAUCUGAAGAGGCUGAGUUCGAUCCAACGAACAUCUUCAAGCCACCUCCUCCUAAAGUCUUAUCCAGCCAUCAGGAACCAUACGAAAUUCACUGGAUUUCCCACUGUGAUCAGCUGGAGCUCUCAAUGGGACCCUGUGCUGUCCGACAUCGGACUGAGGCAGACCAAGUCUGGGUUGAGGGGGAAGAGGGAGUCUAUGGCAGCCAUACAUUUGAAAAUGUCAUGCCUUGCACAGCGUAUGAAUUUCAAGUUCGUUGUGCCUGCACAGGAUUGACGAGUGACUGGAGUAAUAUUGAGAGAAUACCAGCCAUAGAGACAACCCCUGUUGGGAAGCUAGAUGUAUGGAUGGACUGUGGGAUAUACCCUUCAAUCUCAGACUGUUUUCUGACCUGGAAGAAGCUUCCUGUUUCUCAGGCUUGCGGUCUUAUUCUAGGAUAUGAAGUCAGACUGUCUUACAAAAACGGGACGACGGUGGUGGUGAAUGGGUCCAUGGCUGAACGAUAUGGCAUGUGGUGCGAUGAGGUGCAAUGCCGCUUCAAUUCCUCUCUAAAAGAUGCAUCAUCAGUCAGUGUGUCAGCCUACAAUGCUCAUGGUGCCACAGUGCCCUCUUACCUCACCCUGCCAGUACCAGGUAAAGAGAAAAAUGAGCAACCUUUGCACCUCAAGAUGAAUGAAGAGAACCUCACAGUGUCCUGGAAUCUCCCCUCUCAGCUCUCUGACACCCUGAGGCAAUAUGUGGUGCAAUACAAACAGGCAGGACAUCCCCAAGGGUUUGAUUGGGUAAAAGUGAACAAAAGCCAGACAGCAGCUUUUUUUAAAGGUCAAUUUGAAAUUUGCAAACCUCACCAAGUGUCAUUGUUCGAAGUGUUGCACAACGGGAAAGUCCAUCACCUUUUAUCAGCUAUUGGAUAUUCUCGUCAAGGAGUCCCUGCCAAACUGCCAUCAUUUGAGGUGCCUCUCAUUGCUGCCACUCAUGUGACCCUGCGUUGGGAUCCUGGUCCCCUCUCCAAGCAGGAUGGGCUGAUCCUCUACUACCAAAUAGGACUUGAUGGACAAAAUGUGUACAAUGUGAGUGCAUCGUGUAGGAAUUUCACAUUGCAGCAUCUCAGUCCAGGACAGAAGUACGGGGUGUGGAUAAGAGCUGUGUCUGCAAGAGGGCCUGGAGAAAAUGUCACUGUGACAUUCGAAACAAAGCACCUUGAGGAAUUUGCAAACUACCCAGUCCUGCGGGUAAUACUGUGUGUGUUUGGUGUCUGCUUUCUAAUUUUUGUAGUCUGUGCUUGUCGAGGAAAGGUGCCUCUGUUUUACUGCGACAAAGUGCCGGAUCCUCGCAAUAGUCACAUUUUCAGAGAGAUGAAGCAACAGAUUAACGACCCCUUGACUUGGAUCUGCAUUCCCGUCCAUGAGCCACAUCCAAAGAUUUCUCUGUUGGAGGUUGUCGAAAUCCAGCCGGGGUCUUCCAAGUCCUCCCUGGAGGAAACUUCAGACACUGACGGAUUAAUUAGGCCAGCGGUCGGAGAGGGGAGCUCCCAGAUGGACUGCCAAGACGAUCAGAUGAAGGAUGGCAUCACAAAGGAGUGUCCAAGGACAGACCACAAAUAUAGAAGAGAGGCGUACAGUAAAAUGGUUGACUCAGAUGAGGAGAGGGACAAGGAGGAUUGUUGGAACUCAUCAGAGGAAGAAGAGGGCACGUCAGAUUAUGAAAAGCACUUCAUGCCCACUGUUUCGGAAGAAGAGGGCACAUCAGGUUAUGAAAAGCACUUCAUGCCCACUGUUUCGGACAUACUGGCAGUUUUAUAAUGUCUCCAUGUUGACUCAUGGACAUUCUCGUGUGUUGGAAUUUUUUUUUAAUGUGAAGAAAAUAUUCAGAUGGACGUGGACUCAUGUCAUUAGAGAGUUUUGUCCUUCUACAGUCAGCCAGUACCUCUCUCUCUCUGGCUUCCACCUUUCACCUAGCAUUUGUUUAUUGUGGUAUUUGUUUUUUUAUUAUUUUAAAUUGUUGCUGGCUUUACAACAAGGUACACUUGUUCCCUGUUUCAAUUACAACUCAGGUGUACACGCUUAUUUUUGUCUCAUGUUCUCAGAUAACACAAAUGCACAGAAUAACUGACAGUUUACUGGGAGUGCAGUGCAUUGCAAUUUCUUAAUGACUCACACAAUGAUCCAUACCAGAGCCCCAUUAUAAGUAUGCAGAGUUAGUAAUUAUUUGUAACUUAUGGUGAUACAGGGCAAUAAGUAUUACCCAAUGAAAGCAAAUGUUAAUGAAAAACCCAGUUCACCAAGUUGUCCAAAUUUAAAAACAUUGCACCUUAAAGUUUUUUAUAAGAAAAAUGUCCAUUUGACAUAUGUACAGCUGUUGUACAUGUUUGAAUAAACAAUCUCAAUAAGGGUCUGAAAGAA